GCCCGGAUCCAUCAUUGGUGGGGUCUCGUCUUUGUUCAACCAUCAACGACCAUGGCUGUCAACUGAUUGCCCGUCCUUCCUUCGCAACCCGUUGUUGCGGCCACCUUCUCUAUCUCGCUUCCAUGUUCACUUGACGACCGGCAAGAGCUUUUCACGCACCUACCGUAAGGGGCAUUGACCGAGGCAUACAGCGCCAAGGACAGGGGAUUCAAACGGCCGCUUCCGCUUGGACCUCCCUGAAAGCUCGAGAAGGUCAAAUCUCGACGAAUAGCUUGGAGGUCGGCUUCUCCCACAGCGCCCUGCCGUCACUUUCUCGGGAACGGGUGAAGGUGUCUGCUUCACAGGCUGUUCCAGCUCAGAUCUACCAUACGCUCGAGUCAGUCGGACUCUUGCAGUGUACGCUCCUGUUGUUCCUCGUCCAGGAUUCCUCGCCUGACUCUACCCCCGGAUCUUAUCCGGGGUUCUUGCCUAACUGGCAAAGGUGUGGCAAUGCUCUGAAGCCGCUGCGGCUGGGUCAAUGAGUUGCCAAUUCGACUUGCAGCGAGAUCCGUAUCUGGUGAUCAUACUCGUACCACUAAACCAUGUCUGGCCAUCCCUCGCACCCUGACCCAAACAAGGGGAAGGAAAAGGCCACUUCUGGCAACAGCGAAAGGGGCGAGACGAACGAAGACGGCUCUGGGACUGGCGCUGAGACGACCAAUGUUGACUUCUCAUCGCGACUGGCCAACUCAGCGGCACACCUGACGCGCUCCCUCCUCAGCCACAGGCCGGAGGCCUCUGACCUGGCGCGACUAUCGUCGGUCGGCGGCACUAAAGCUGAGGCGGUGGGAUCUCAGCAGUUUCUGAAUAACGGCGAAGGCUCAUCGGCGAGUGCGCAGCCAAGAUGGGCGACGGCAAGCAGCAGUGGAGCUUUCAGGUCGACAGAAGCCGACGUUCACGCGGCGCAGUCAGAGGCUGAGUUCUCGGCAUUUUUGGACGGUACAAGUGUAUCUUUACCAUCCGGACAAUCAGAACUCGACGCGGCGUGGGCUAGGGCACAUGGUGGCGACGGGGAACCUCAGGGCGGCACAUGCACCGUCGCAGCCAACUCGAUCGCCGACCAGGAGGCUCGUGAUGGGACGGAAGUCAUCGACCUCUUGACCCGCCCAGAGACGGAGCCUGACCUGGUGAUGGAGGAAAACAUGUCGGCCACUGAAGCCGCAGCAUUGCGCUCGGCUCUUUUCGACUCGGGGCCAGGGGCUCGGGUGUCAUCGGUUGAGUGGGACAACAUUCUCAACUUCAUACCGGAUUUUACCAGGCCAGACGCAGGUGCAGUUCCCGGCGGCGCAAACGCCAUCAAAUCAGCAGAGUCGCAGAGAGCACUAGGACUGCCACAUGGACCAGAGGGCGAAAAGGUGUGGUUGGACCAGUGGAUGGGCGUCCUGACAGCAUACAACGAGGAGGUAUGGGGGGAUCUCGGAAUCCUUGUACAGCAGGCAAAAGAGGAGGUUCAGCAACUGGAGGAUUUGAAGCCUGGAGAGGCACCGCCCACAACGAAAGCUGUUCUGCGGCUCCAACAGAUACUUGGGCAUAUCCGUGGAUUCUAAAGGGGAGGCUGGAUGUGGGAGCGCCAACCAGCGCCUGUCUAUGGGGAAAGACAUUUAGCAGAGAUAUGAUGGCUGAUGUGUUCCAUGUUGCCCUCGGAGCUACGUUUGCUGAUUGGUACCGAUGGGAACUAGGCUGUGAGAUUUGGCUGGCAGGGGCUGGCCGAUAAACGGUGCCAGAUUUGGUGAACCCAACUUGGUGAACCCAUCUCGAGCGUUCGUUGCCAAUCACCAAUCACCCCUGCCAGCUGCUGGGGUAGACCCCGCCGAAAGGCGCCUGAGCUAGCUUCCGGUUUGGGCGUUGCUGUGCCGACUGAGGAUGACAUCACCCUCGGCCUUUUUCCAGCAAAGUCGAUGCGCCAAACUGGCUGGACGCAGUUGGGAUUGGGAGCAGAUGAUGGAGAAUAUCAGUAGUGAAUACCAUGCAAAUAUCUAGGAACCUAGGCACCUAGGCAGAUAUGUGUUAUACUCACGGAAGUGCUUUUGUCAAACAGCCCAUCCAAAACAUACCUAAGGCCCGUUGCCAGCUGGACCUGC